AUGCCUGUGUCUUCUCUUUCCUCAGCCAUUCUGUUUCACAUGAGAGCCAUAAACAGCGUGCCUCCCCCUCCACCUCGCAGCUUGCCAAGCUUGAAAGUGUCUAAGCACAUUGAUUAUGGUCAGUUGAAUGCAUUAUGUCACAUGGGUGGACAACAGAGCAGGAGUGCUUUGAAUAUCCUAUCAGCUCACGAUAAGUUUAUAAAGCAAUAUCCUAAAAUAUUUCUGCAGAAAAAAAACAAACUGCCCAAACUUUCCAAACAGGAGGAGACAAGAAAACCCUCUGAAGAGACAGAAGAAACUCAGCCCCAACAAUCUGAUGAUGACUCUCACAACAUAGCUGUCUAUGUUAAAAAAGCACGUGGUGGUCGUACUCUCUAUGGAUCCAAAAAAACUGAAGAAAAGUUAGAAGAAUUCCUAGCUAUCUUAAAGAAAUUGCCCAUUCAUAGGACGCAGCAUGAACACAACACUGUGUGGAAGAUGCUGAAAACAAUUCCAGAUUUAGCUUCUCAGCUAACAGAUGACCAUUUGAAAACAUUUAGUAAAAAUGUCAUUUCUGAAACCUGGGUAAAAGGCAGCACAGUUGUUGGAAAUGAUGGAUUUUAUAUAAUACUAAAAGGCCUAGCUCGACCUCGAACACAGGUAUAUAAAAAUUUGAUUGAAGAAAAUGUGUCGACAGCCUCCUUCAUUCCUCAGAGAUUUCACAGCCUCAUUUCCAGUGAUGACUUAGAAAACACUGUGCUUGCUGAGAUGCACAUGCCUGUAUGUGACCUCAUGCUUAGACCAUGGAGCACCUUUGGAACCCUGGAAGUUACAGCUCAGGUUCAGUCAGAACUGAAGGAGUACUCAGUGGUGACAGAAGAAGAUUGUGAAAUUCUUAAGAUCCCUGCAAAGAAUUAUGCCAAGUUAAAAUUGGAAAAAACAAAACUUGAAAAUAAACAAAUAGUGAAAUUAAUUCGUAAGUGUCCAUAUUAUGAGGAAUGGCCUACUUUAUCCAUAUAUGAGCUAGUUCUUCUUGUUAAAUGGAAAAGAUUUCCUCCAGGUCAUGUGAUAGUGGAAAGUGGAAACAUAAUUUCUUUUGUGGCUUAUAUUAAUUCUGGACAUUGUAACAUUUAUAGAAAUAUUGUAGGACUUGUGAAACUACAGUCAAAAAAAGUGAAAAAAAUUAAAAAACUGGUUUAUAUGGGUCAACUGAAGAAGCAGGAGUCCUUUGGUGAGAUCAGUGUUCUUCUUCAGGAUCCUUUCCCAUGCACAGUAAUCACUGGAGAUGAGGUUGAAAUGGCAGUCAUUGAAGAUAAGGACCUAUUUG